GGCGAUUCCGACUCUGAGUCGGCACAAGUUGCAGUUGCCUCUUUAGUUGCCAGUCGGAUGUGGCACGUGCUGAGGUUACAGCUCCUCCAGUUUAAAGGAUCCCUCGUCGUCCUGUGCAAUUAUAUCGAUUCGCCCGUUAAAUGUAACACACCCAAAAAAUACAAAAAAAUACAAAAAAACAGCAGAACUUAAUGCAAAAGUUUUCGGUUUUAUUUUCCCGCAUUAAGUUAAUUGCCAGGCAGUGCCGAGAACCAGGCCAUAUAGCACAAAGUACCCAAUAGUAUCCCAAUUCGAACAGUAACCCACUCAGAUAUGAGUGAUACCGAUGCGGUGAGUUUUCAAGUACCCAUUCCGAGUAUAUAUAUUUUGGAGCUGCACUUAGAGCACACACAAAUUCGCCCAUGCACCAAUGAUUUAUGAGCAUAAUUUGCAUAAGGAAUGAUCCAGGUUAAUGGAUGUAUUAUUCCGCCGACCUUGCACAUACAUCAUUGUCAGUGGAAGGAAAGAACCCUUUGCGAAGAACCAACCAAAUCAAACAGCGAUUUCUUGUGGCCCGUCGAUUUUGGGCCUUAGAACUGCCAAAAACUUUUGUUGAAUCAAUAAGCCACAAAAACAAUUUGGGUCAUGUUACAGCUGGCAACCGAAUUUCAUGACAAAAUUCCCUAAUGGUAACCAAAGACCAACCAAAUACCCAACCGAAUAUCCUCGUAUGUACAUAUAAACCCAAGUAGCUGAGAAUACCAAAACAAUAAAAUGUAAACAAAUGCAGAAAGAGCCAUCAAAUUUGAAAGCACCCACUCAAUGUGAACUAUAUUGAUACGUCUGCUCCGCCGAUACACCGAUACACGAGCUUUAGCUUCACCAUUGCCACUUGGCACAUGGCACAUGGCACUUGGCACCCCCACAGUUUUGCAGACGUAAAAGUAAGCCCACAACGAUAUAUGGCCAUACAUAUGCAAAUGAUAUGGGCCAGUUUACCGGGGCAGGAGCAUGCGGGUAUAUAUCGAUGGCAUUGGCCACCAAAAAGCGACUCCGCCACGUAUUGGGUUACCCGACACUUGCACAUUUCUGCACCGACACCGCAGCCGAGAAGUUCUAGUCCUUCGCUAGGAUGUAUAGCACGGCAAAGGAUCGCUCCAGCUCCAGCCAGGAGGUUUCUCCACAGGAUUACCCAGUGCAGCAGCAGCGCGCUCAGUCCAAGUCCGAGUACGGCGUGGAUUCCGAAUCUGUAGAUCGUCCUUCGCAACCCGCCCAGGACUAUGUGCCUUCCAAGUCCACCGAUUCAUCUGUGGAACCAAAGAAAGAACCGCUAAGAACUCAGUUAAACACAGGCUAUUCCAAUAGCAACACCACUUUGGAUAGCUCAGAUUCAGUGUCCAAACAGCAGCUACGAUCUCAGCCGAUUCCAGAGUACCAGAGCAAUGCAUAUGAGGCACCUAGGGAUGAGCGCAGCCAACUGCAGCCACAGAGAUCCCAGCCAGCUGCCGAUUACUCCGUAUACGAACGGCAGCAACGUCCGCCGCCGAGCACAAUAGACUACACCACCGGCUAUAAUGCACCACCACCACCAGCACCCAAAGAUCGCACCACCCUGUCACGCAGCAACUCGCGACCCACCCUCUCACUCAAUCCCAAGCUCCAAACUCUACCCAAUCCCGAGUAUGUGCGACCACCACCACAGAACUUUGUCUUGCCACCGCAGAUGCGUGCCGCCGUGGGGCCACCACAGCCGCGUCCACCGUUCGCCGGCGCCAGGCCGAUGGUCGGAAUGGGACCACGUCCACCCAUGCCACCGAACAUGGCGGCCAGGCCACCGCCGCUGCGCACCACAGACAGCAAGAGCAAUCUGCUGAUGGGUCCACCGAUGCGGCCGGGCAUGCCACCGCAACUCAAUAUGCAGCAGGCUCGCCUGCCCAAUGCCGGCGGACAGCUGAGUCCGCCGGGCCAAGGACCACCAAGGCCACCAGGCGGAUUUCCCUGGAAUCCAGCCGGGGCACCGGGCAUGCCGCCAGGAGCACCUGGCAUGCCGCCUGGGGCACGACCUCCGCAGAAUAUGACGCGACCGCCGCCACCCACUUUUGCACGCCCGCCGCCGGGUCAGCCGCUGCAGGCACCCUUCAAUCGAGCGCCCUUCAACCAGCCGCCCAUGCAACCGCAACCGCAACAACAGCAGCAACCACAACCACCACAGCAGCUGCAAAUGCAGCAGCAACAGCAACAACAGCACAUGCAACAGCAGCAGCAGCAACUACGCCCACUUUCGGCAGCCAGUGCACACAACAACAACGAUGACGACGACGACGUGGUCAUGGGUCCGGCGGUGACCCCGCUCAAGAGCUUCAAUCCCAGGCCCGAUCCCAUGGGCGAGCCCCUCCUGGAGGACAUGGAGCCGCCCUUCGAGACGAGCUCCCCAGCCGGAGAAUCCAAAAAGGGGCUCGGCUUUAAGGGUGACAAUGACAGCGGCGUGGAUGAGUCCACUCAGGAGAAGGAUCGCAACGGACCCAACUCGCCCAGUUCGCCCGUGAAAACGCCCACAUCGACCUCAUCGAAGCCGGACAAGUCGGGCACGUCGCGACCACCGAGUGCCACGCCCUCGAACAAAUCAGCACCCAAGUCGCGCAGCGCCUCCAAGAAUCGCUUGCUCCUCAAGACCCCCGAACCCGAGCCAGUCAAGAAAGUUCCAAUGAACAAGGUACAAGUGGGACAUGCGCCUUCGCCCAAUCUGAAGGCGGUGCGCUCCAAGAUCGGAUCCCUGGACAAUGCCACCUAUAAGCCGGGUGGUGGCCACGUGAAAAUCGAGUCCAAGAAGAUCGACAUCAAGGCGGCACCGCGCAUCGAGGCCAAGAACGACAAGUACAUGCCAAAGGGCGGCGAAAAGAAGAGUCCACUACCAUCCAUGACGGCUUCUGGCGCUGAUGAAAAUUUAAAUCAACAAAGCUAAAUGCCGAAAUGCAUGUCAAGCUGAAUCUGAAAGUGUAUCCGAAUCCGAAUCCGAAUGUGAAUCUAAAUCUGACUCCUUCUUUGCAAGCUAAGAUCGAAACGAAAGUGAAAUGAACACACUAAGCAAGCAGCUAAUUUGAAAUGUACUAUCUAAGCAAAAUCCACACAAAGCAAAACGAGAGUUAUGCGAUAAUUCCCACACACCCUCACAUGCCAGUAAAUGCGAUCAGAUCAUCGAUCAGAUCAAUUCGAUAGAGGUGCAAGCACGCAAUGAGAUGCAGAUACUCGUAUGUACAUCUACACAAGCAACACCACCAUCACCAUCCCACAUAGAAGCGGUAUUUGGUAUACAAUCGAAAGUAUAUUUGACUAGUUGAGCAAUGCACUCUUUAUCAUCAGAUACCAGACAUGAGUUAUAUAUCUCAAUGUAUUACCAGAACUUCAUAUAUACAUACAAAUAUAUAUAUAUACAUAUAUACAUAAAAGUAUCUAAAUAUUUAAGCGAAUUAUACAAGAAUCGUACGAGUAAACAGUAUGCUUAGUUGAAAAUGUUACCACUUGACGUCUAAAUGUUAAACGACUAAGAUAAUGCAGCCAUUUAGAUACUUUUGCGACCAGUGACCAGUGACAAGAAAAACCAAAACCAAACCGAACAGAACCGAUACAGAUACAGAACAGAUAAAACCACGUAUAAGCGUACUUUUACUAUUAAUUUGUAUCUUAUUAGUCAAGCGCAUCAUUCUCACGAUUUAUUUACACCCUGUUACAAAAUGUAAGAACAAUGGCAAAAUUUAAGCAAAUAAACAAACAAAAAAAACGUUUUUUCAUUUACCAAA